UUUUGACUUGACACGUUGGGGGAAAUUUGUUUUCGUGAAACAGCUGCUGCGAGUGAUCAAAAUUUUUAUGAAGAAUAAAUCAUCUGGCGAAAAAUGUCGGCAGUCGAUUGGGAUGAAGUCAAAAGGCUCGCCGCGGAUUUCCAAAAGGCCCAGCUCAGCACUGCGGCACAGAAACUCUCUGAGAGAAACUGUGUCAUAGUGGUCAGUCAUUUGAUAAAGGAGAAACUGCUGGAAGUAAUUUCUACGUCUGAUGGCAAAGAGUACGUCACCCCACAACACUUGAGCCGUGAAAUUCAGGAUGAACUUUAUGCAAGCAAAGGUCGAAUCAAUAUGGUGGAAUUGGCCAAUCUCCUGAACGUAGAUUUGACGCACAUUGAAGCUCGCUGCCAGGAAUUGGUGCGGUCGCCCGAGACUGGCUGCACCCUCGUCUUGGGCCAGCUCAUUCACAGCAGUUAUUUGAAAAACCUGGCCAUCCAAAUCAAUGAAACGCUGCAAAUGAAUGGUACCCUUAACAUUUCCACUCUGACCACCCAGUACGAUUUGCCAGGAGAUUACUUGCAACAUCUUGUGGAGAAAGAGCUGAACAGGUCCAUUCAUGGACAACAAGAUCCUAAAGACCCCCGAGUAUUCUUCACUGAAAGAUUUGUGGCACGGUGCAGAGCUGCAAUUAGAGGGGCUUUAAUUGGAAUCCAACAGCCAACCCCUAUUUCCAACAUUAUGGCAAUUUGUGGUGUCUCCGAGCGAAUGUUCUUUUCAAUUUUUGAAAGUCUGAAGGACUCUAAACAAAUCGCAGGCGUCAUGAGCGGAAAGCAAGGUUCCAAUGCUUUCUUCGUCCCAGCCGUUUACAGCAAGGGGCAGUCUGAAUGGGUUGAGAAUUUUUACAAACAAAAUGGAUAUUUGGAAUACUCGUCUCUGAAUCGUCUGGGAAUAUCAGACCCUCAGGGAUUUAUCAAGAGGCACUUUGCCAAUGAGAAACUUCUUCAACUCCCCUCUUGCGCCGUGGGAUCUCUACUUUUUGAUCAGGUGGAAGCUUCAAUAGAAGAUGCAGUUUCCACAGGCUCGUGGAUAGAUUUGAUGCCAAUUCUUCCGUCUGUGUUGUCUGAACAAGAUGCAGCACAACUUGUACAAGAUGUGCUGAAGAAAAUCAAACAAGUAAAGGCGGAAGUUUUUUGCGGCAGUAUGGUUGUUCCUGGCCAAUUGAUUUCAAAUCUGACCCAAGCUUUGGAUCCGUUGAUCCAGGCUAAAGCUCAAGAAGCUGUGAGCUCUGGCAAAUUUGUGCAAGCUGAGGUUGAACAGCGAAUCCAAGCAAUGGGCAGGCAAAAAGCGUCAAUUGACGAUGAAGGUGGACGUACCUCGAAGCAAGAAGAGCGGAGAAAAAAGGCUACAGGCGGAAAAGGAGGUGGCGGUACGCAGGGCCGUGAAACAAAAACAAAAUCAAUCAAGAAAAAGACCUAUGGGAAAAGCCAUGCUGACUCUGACGAGGAUGGAGAUGAAACUCCACCCCCUAUUGCCAAGAAAACUGGUCUGAUUGAAUUGGUUUCAGUUAAGGAUAUCAAAAAGGAGCUCAGCAGCCAAGCCAGUUUAUCCGACUGUCCUGAAGAGCUGAUUGCCGAGUUGUCCGCUCGUCUUCUUCCCUCUGUUCAGCAACAGGCAAAUACUGUUGCUCGUAAACUCUCCGAGUCUGUCAAAGCAACCCAAGUGCAGUCGUCAAGACGAACCCACGGCGAGCUGCAGGAACGCCUGUCCAACCUUUUGUCAAGCAUACGGAUGUUUGAAAAGGGAAUAAAAUUCUUCCAGACAGACUCAGAGACACAGAAGGGUCUCACCAAGUACAUGCUCAAGUCACUAGGUUCAGAAAUUUUGGGCGAGCUCCUCAAGUAUGUGAGCCAGGAAAAUCAGAUCAGCACAACCGUCCCAAACGAGGCCAGCAGCAUUACACCAGAGCUGAGAACAAAAAUUCUAAAUGAGCUGCCGGCUGCUAUGAAGCAAGUUUUGGAGCCUGUUCACAAAUCGUUAGUCGGCACCUCACUGGACGAUUUCCAAACUGCCAUCGAUGCCGCUCUCGCUCCUGGCGCCUGUGACGUCAUGAUAAGGAAGCCAGACAAGAAGAAAGAAAGACAAGGCCUUUUGGCGCACAGGAUGACCCUUCUUGGCCAACUGGACGAGUGCAGUGAUCCUGCGCUGGCCCUGCACCUGACCGUCCUUCUGCUCUUCCAGGCUGCAACUCAACAGCCCCUGCAUGCCUCUGGCAAAUUUGUCAUGCCAAUACUCAUCUUCUUGAAGCCUAGCUUGCCUGAGGAGAUAUACAGCACCCUUCAAAAAUACCAUGAUUUGGUGAUAAAUUUGCUCUCGACCGACAAUGAUGACGAGAAGGAACAGGUCAAUGCAAACCUAGCGGCUGAUCUUGCCACGUUGAAAGAAAUUGCGCACACAUUGAAAAAAUUGCCUGUAUCUGACAAAGGCGAGAAAUCGGAACCUUGAAUUUUUUUUAUGCAUGUUCUACUUCUCAAAUAUUUAAUAAAUGGUUAAUGUAUAUCUAUUUAUAUAAAAUAAAAUUCAAUUUUCUAAAUUUAUUUAGCA